AUGGAGAUUGUUGAAGAAACUUUGGAUAUGAGUGAAGAAUCUUUGCAUAUUACUGUAGAUGCAGAGAACUUGUCUGAGGCAACCAAGAUUGGCUCUGUCAAGUCAAUGGAGGUCAGAGGAAACAUUAAAAGUCAUCACCAACCCUCAACACCAUCUGCUGUUGUUGGCAACAUAGAAGGAAAUGCAAGUUAUCUUCUUUCUCAGUCUAAGUAUGCCGCUGACGUUCUUCAAAAAGCUCGUAUUACAGAUACUAGAGUGGCUGAUACGCCUCUUGAGCUCAAUGUGCGUUAUUCUCCAUCUGAUGGUACCCCUUUGGAUGAUCCUACUCUUUAUCGCACUAUUGUUGGGAGCUUGGUUUAUCUCACUAUUACUCGCCCUGAUAUUGCCUAUGCUGUUCAUAUUGUUAGUCAGUUUGUCUCUUCUCCCACUACUCUUCACUGGGCUGCUGUGAUUCGUAUUUUACGCUAUCUUCGAGGGACAUUGUUUCAAAGCUUAUUGCUUCCUUCCACCUCCACUUUGGAGCUUCGAGCCUUUUCUGAUGCUAGUUGGGCUAGCGAUCCUUUUGAUCGGAAAUCUACUACUGGUUAUUGCAUUUUUCUUGGUGAUUCUCUUAUCUCCUGGAAGAGUAAGAAACAAUCAGUUGUUUCUCGUUCUUCUGCUGAGGCUGAGUAUCGUGCUAUGGCCUCUACUGCUGCUGAAAUUGUUUGGCUUCGGUGGUUGCUUCAAGAUAUGGGUGUUUCUCUCUCUAUGCCUACUCUUAUGUAUUGUGAUAAUAAAAGUGCCAUUCAAAUUGCUCACAACUCUGUCUUUCAUGAGCGCACAAAGCACAUCGAGUUGGACUGUCACUUUGUUCGCCAUCAUUUCCAGCAAGGCACUAUCUCUCUUCCUUUUGUCUCCUCCACCAUGCAAUUGGCCGACUUCUUCACCAAGUCUCACACUCUUGCUCGCUUCCGCUUUCUUCUUAGCAAACUCUCGAUGCUUAAUACUGUAACAUCGUGAGUUUGACAGGGGGUGUGACAAUUGUAUAGCCAAUAUUAAUAUAUAUUUGAGUCUGUGUCUUUUAAGGGUAGUUAGGUCUUUUACUUAUCUAGGGCAUCUUUAUAUGCCUAUAUAUUGUAAGCUUACAGCUGCUG